AUGGAUGAAUUAAACAAUACAAACAACAGCUAUGUCGGACAGUAUAAUAUAGACUAUGGAAAUUCCGGAACGUAUACAGGCAAUUAUGCGUUGUAUCAAGGUAAUUACUCGGAAGAAACUCACCAGGGUUACGUUGACGCGACGAAUGAACAGUUAAAUACACCUUCUCGCGACCUAGUCGAAACCCACGCAAAUACUUCUUAUCCGAUGCCAGGAAGUUAUUCUAUAACGGAUGGUAGUCCGAAUGACAAUUUUCAACAUUUCGCCAACACAAGCGCUAACGCAGAAAUUUCCGCAAUAGAUCGAUCUCAUAUAGGUUACGAAAACGCUGGAUACAGGAAUUCCUCGUGUUCUUAUACCCAGUCGGAUAAUCGUAACGCGAUAAAUGGACAUUUGAAAUCAACGCAUCAUUAUCUUGAUCAACAAGCACAGUCUCAUAUGCACUGUGAAAGCACUGGAUGUCGGAUUUCUUCGCUUUAUUGUAUCCAGCCGGAUAAUCUUAACGUGAUGAAUAGACAUUUAAAUCUACCGUAUCGUAAUCUUGAUCAACCUCACAUACACUACGAAAGCACUGGAUGUCGGGAUUCUUAUAUCCAGUCGGACCCUAACUUGAAUAGACAUUCGAAUCCACCGCAUUGCAAUCCAGUCGAGCCCCACACAAACCCAGUAUCGUUUUCCACACUCAAUGGCCCUUCUGAUAUGCCGAACUAUACUCCGACAAAUACUCGUUCUCAGCAUUUGUCUGUUUCGUAUAUUCUUACGCGCGAGUCUGCAAGCCAUAGAUAUCUUGUCACAAAAGUAGAGCAAACUCGAUCGGUAUUAGGCAUGGUAUCAGCUGCUGAUAUUGACAACAUGCUAUCCAACGUUCGCAUGUGA